GUCCGACAGCCGCCGAGUGCGCAUUUGAUCUUUGUCUCGACGGCGCCCGCAAGCGCAGCGGCGGCCGACGUUCUCGCCUUACCGCCACUUCAUGGAAACCCAGCCUGCCGUCAUGGAAACAAUUGGGCCUGAAAGAGAGAGUACAGCCACACCACUGCUGUCCAGUGCAGAGGAGCUGAACUCUGCAGCAGUGCUGGCGGGAAUCAUCAUUGGUGUUCUACUGACAGUCUCACUCCUCUUCUCACUUGCUCUGCUAAUAGACUGCAGAAACAGGAAACGAGAGGCAUCUAAGCAUGGAACACCGAGGAAAGUACGGGUCAUUAGAAAGUUACCAGUGCUUAUUCCUGGUCGUAAUGUGAAUGGAGAUGCUCUCGCCUUUGUUAACAAGAUCUGCACUGAGAACUCCAUGACUUCACCAGUUACAUCAGUCGCACCUGUUUCAUCUGCAAGAGAAGAGAUCUGUUAAAGAAAAGCCAUUGAACAAAUCUUGAAAUUGUGCUUUUCAACCAGGCAGUUUGAUAAAAAGACUGAAAUCAGUGAGAAUUUCAGAUAUAUUUAUUAUAUCAGUUGAUAUACAGAAUUUUAUACAUGUACAUAAAAUCUAUAUAAUUGUUCCUUUAUAUUUUUAAGCAUUUUUAAAGAGAUGUCUAUAAUAUGCUAGUCAUUCCUAAAGAAAAUAAACUGUUUAACUUACA